GCCCUGGGUGGAGCGGCCGCCUUUGUCGAGCCGGGACCUGCUCUCCUUUCUCGUGCAAGCAGAAGAGGAGCUAGCGAGGAAAUAAAAACAAGCUCGAGUUAAUGUUUGAGAAGUUCGGGUGCAGGAGACUCUGGAUUUUUGGCAUCUUGGAGAAACAGUAGAAAAUGCAAAACGAAAUAAUAAAGCCGGCUAAAUACUUCUCAGAAGUGGAGAAGAGUGUGCUGCUUGCAUUAGUUGAAAAAUACAAAUACGUGCUUGAAUGUAAAAAAAGUGAUGCAAGAACUAUUGCUCUGAAACAACGUACCUGGCAAGCACUAGCUCAUGAAUAUAAUUCACAGCCCAGUGUAUCACUGCGAGACUUCAAACAGUUAAAGAAAUGCUGGGAAAAUAUCAAGGCACGGACAAAAAAGAUAAUGGCACAUGAAAGGCGGGAGAAGGUAAAAAGAAGUAUUAGUCCACUUAUAAAUACUCACAUCAUAGGGAAAGAGAAGAUUGCCAGCAUAAUGCCUGAGCAAAUGUACUUUUUGCAGAGCCCACCAGAAGAAGAUUCUGAAUAUCAGCCUGAUGCUUCUAGUCAAGAGUCAUUUGUCGUCUCAAAUAGAGAACUUUGUGAUGAAGAGAAAGAACUGGUACAUUUCCCAGUAUGUGAAGGUACCUCCCAACCUGAGCCUUCGUGUUCUGAUGUCAGAAUAGCAGCAGAUAAGAACUACAGAAGUAAAGCGUCUCAGGAAAGUGCUCUGAAAAAGAUGCAUGAGGAAGAACAUCAUCAGCAAAUGUCAAUUUUGCAACUGCAGUUAAUCCAAAUGAAUGAAGUUCAUGUGGCAAAAAUACAGCAAAUAGAAAGAGAAUGUGAGAUGGCUGAAGAAGAACACAGGAUUAAAAUGGAAGUCCUAAAUAAAAAGAAAAUGUAUUGGGAGAGAAAACUGCAGACCAUCACCAAAGAAUGGCCUGUAUCAUCCUUUAACAGACCCUUUCCUAAUUCACCGUAGACCAUAAAGGGGCAGAGAGUCAGUCUGAGCACAUUUAUGAGUAACAUGCACUGGAAAGAUGUUUUUUUAAUGUGAAUGUACAGUAACGGGAUAGGUGCCUGGCUUAUAGUGAACACAGUUUGACUCUUAAUGUUUAGGGUAACAGUGGUAGCGUUCACCAAGGGGAAAACUGUAUUGUUCAUUUGUAGGUAGUUUGUUUAACUCUCAGACACGCACUGUUCUAAAAUGUGAACGUAUUUUCCUCUCAGAAUACCCUAACAUCCUUUUGAAAUUUAAGGUACUCUGGGUAUUCUUACAUUGGGUGUUCUUAAGAAAACUUUACAGCUUUAAACAUCAGGUUAUAGUGUUUAUUUCUAUCUCCUCCUCCUAUCUACCAUUUCCCAAAUGAAAGCAAGGGUUGGAGUUUCUCUCUGAACUUGAGACAAAAGGUGAUUGAUAGGUAUUGGUUGGAUUGUUAGGCUGGGGCUUAGGAAAAAAAACCCCACCUCUAGUUAAUAUAGUUCAUAAUUUAUUCUUUAUAGAAGAUGUGUUAAUGAAGAAAGUAGCAAAAGGACCACUGUAGUAACUGAGCCCUUUGCUUAUGAAUAACAGUAAUAUUUUCCAGCUGGCUGGCUGAUUGAGAGAAUGAUUGUGAACUGGUCCUCUAGUUUUUUGAUCCUUGACCCUUAAGAAGUUGGAAAGAAGGUGACUUCUUCCUUAAAAAACAUUGUGCUUCUCCUUUCUUUUCCAGGCCCAUACUGUAUUCAAGUAGAAUACUGAAAUAUGAGGGUCACUUGGUGCUGCCAGUGCUGUGUGCUGUUCACCUGGAGCCAUUCUGAGGGGAAGAGCUUUUUAACAAUUCAUAAAGCUCUUAAAAUGUCAUGAGCUAGCCAGUCCAUUGGCAAAGUCUCCCUCUAUUUCCCUAUGCAAUACUUGAUAGCAUAGCAGAUAGCCUGAGUAUUUCAACCUCUCCCUUGCUAGAAGAAAAGUCUAAGACUCUCUUUUCCUUCAUGUAGGGUGGGAAACAGUUCAAGGGAAUCAUUCCUGUCUUGGACCACUGUUCUGUUUUGUUUUGUUCUGUCCUGUGUGCUACGGUGCUGUGAUUCUUGCCAUUGCUGUCAGUGACGGACAUGAUUUGUAUGAAAGCAUUCACAUGGAGGUCCCCACAGAGGCGAUGGG